GCGACAAUGGUGUCAUUCGGGGGAGCCAGCUAUAUGGAAGUUGUUGUUGCUGAGCUUUAAAUCGAUGAUGUGAAGCAUAGUGAGGACACAAUGAAGACACGUAAAGGAUAAUCAUGAUGGGGGAAACUAUUCACUCUUUAGAUUUCAUAAUGAGAAACUCUGUUGUCUUCAUAGACUAAAAUUUGUUUCCAAUAACAUUAUAUCAACAACGCGGCCCCUCAACGGCAUGAAGCGAAUCACCGAGCUAACUUGUUCAGAGCCUCCGGGAAAUACAGUGUCUCCUCCCGCUAACAGGCAACACCAAGAGUCGUUGACUGUAGACGAGUUCACCGUACCCGAGGAAAAGCAGGCUGAACUAAAGUGCGCAAAGUCCAGAGUGGAGCAGGUUUUCCGUGUAGAUUUUACCAUUAUAGGACUCCUUGAUCAUACAGGAGCUCACGGAAGUCAAGCAUCGAGGCAAAUUUGGUUGAAGCUAAUGGGAAAGAGAGAAAAUGUUCUGAAGGCAAAGGAGUAUGUGAAGGGUCUGUGUGCCCCAGAGCUGCAGAAGGAGGAGCGCUACCCAGUGGACAUGCACUGCAUCUUCGCGGGGGCCCGUGGCCUCUUCCUGGAGCGGUUGCUGCGUGACACCAGUGCCGAGGUGGUCCUGCUGGAGCCAGGCCGCCUACGAGUGCAAGGCCGGGCCGAGGCGGUUGUCAUGGCCCAGAGCCGUGUACAGCAGUUUGUGGCGCUCUUCCACGAGAAGCGCAGCCUGCCCGGUGAGCGAGAGCCAUCUGUCAAGCGAGCCUUCAAGACCUUCGUGGAGGAGCGCACGGACAAGUACGCCAUGGAGCUGCUGGUGCUGCCCAGCGCUCUGAAGGAGGAGCUGCUAGGGCUGGCGCAGAGCCCCACGCUCGCCUCCCCGGUCGGGGGAGGCCCGACGCUGGCGGCCACCGCAGAGCUGGAGCAGGACCGCUCCCAGGCCAGCACACCCAUCACUGAGCUGUCCCAUCACAUCCAGGACACCAGCUUUGAGGACAGGGUCAUGGGGCAAGAGGGGAUGGCCGGGCAGCUGACCAACGGGAGGCCCACACACAAGCGGCGGUCGUCGGAGAGCGAGCAGCGCAACACGAAGCGGCAGUACUCGCUCGAGAGGAGGGAGGAGGAGCUGGGCGCAGAAAGGGAGACUGAGAGGCAAGGUCAGGGUCUGCGGCAGCGGGAGGCAAGCCAGACGCGUGCCAAAACGCCAGUGGCUAAAAUGGGCGCCGCGGUGCUGCUGGACCCUUGCGAGAGCACACCGGACGAGACGGUGAGCCCCGAGACCAAUCUGCGCUGUCUCGUCAACUUCUUCCGCACCAUGGGCUACGAGCAGGACGUGGUGGAGCGCGUCGUCAGGGAGACGGGCCAGACGGAGGACACCUUUCUGCUGCUAGAGCGCAUUGUGGAAGAGACCCAGCGUGACAAGACCCACCAGCAGGGGGUGGCCUCACGCACCUCGCGCACCCCUGACCCCUCCUCAUCAUCGUCGUCAUCUUCCUCCUCCUCUUCCUCGUCCACCAUGUUGUCCUGCGUGUCCAGAGACAAGGACAAAAUGCUAGUCAGACCCAUGCCAGACAUCAAGGCCAAAGAGAAUAUUCGGCCCACUGGUGGUAAUCAGGGGGCGGCACUAAAGAAGAGUGGCGCCGCGGCGCAGAACGAUGUGUACGAGGUCAUCUGUAUAGACGACGACAGUGAAGGAAUGAUGGAGACGACCCAAGGGCCUAAGGCCAGGACAAUAGCCCGCUUCGACCUGUCCUCCGAGCCCAAGCUGGACUACCUCUCUCGGGGAGGCAUGCAAACCAUGGGGCCCAUGCGGGUGGAGAGCGUGACCGCUCUGCGGAGCUCCUCGCAGUGCCCGCCCCUCGUGCCCGACACGCGGCCCAGCUGCUCCUACCAGACUAUUGCUGGGCGAAUGCCCCAGGUCCGUGCGGAGCCCUCUGCUUCCUCCAAAUCUGCCCCCCUUACAGGGGUGUCUCGCUUCCAGCAGUCUCUGCGGACACCUUACCGAUUGGUGCUGCAAGAUGAACCAGGCCGGUCUGAUCUUCGGCAUGUGAUCAUAGAUGGCAGUAACGUGGCCAUGUCCCAUGGCAACCACCGCAUCUUCUCCUGUCGUGGCAUAGCCAUUGCCGUGGAGCACUUCUGGAGGAGAGGGCACCGAGAGAUCACUGUCUUUGUCCCCCAGUGGAGGCAGAAAAGAGACCCCAACAUCACAGAACAACACUUCCUGAGCCAGCUAGAGGACCUGAGGCUUCUGUCCUUCACCCCCUCCCGAGAAGUGUGUGGACAGCGCAUAUCGUCCCACGAUGACCGGUUCCUGCUCCAUCUGGCAGAGAAGACGGACGGGGUCAUCGUCACAAACGACAACCUGCGGGACUUUGUGAGCACCUCGGAGGCAUGGCGGAGAAUCAUUCAGGACCGACUCCUGCCUUUCACCUUUGUGGAGGACCACUUCAUGAUCCCAGAUGACCCUUUAGGGAAACAUGGUCCCCAUGUGGAUGUUUUCUUACGCAAAGACAGCAGAACCAGGCCAGCCAGCCGUCCACAGCAGCGUUCAGAUUUCUGUCCCACCCCCGCGGGUCAUAUGCAGCAGUCCAGCCCCCCUCAGCCUCGCCUCGCAUCUCACUGGCCCCACUCGGGGGCCCCUGGCUGGAACCCGCCGCCCCGGUCCUCGCCCUCCACCUCGCCCCCUCCGCAGCGCUCGGCCUCGGAGACGUCGGAGCUCAAGAGGCAGCUGUACGACAUCUUCCCCGACCAGAAGCCCAACAUCGACCGCAUCCUCAGCGACCACCCUUACAUGCGCGACCUGAACGCGUUGUCCGGUCUCCUGCUGGGAUGAAGAGCUCUCCUGGACGAUCUCCUGGACGAGCGCCUUAACACUCGUUCAUAAAGCACACACACACACUCACACACUGUGUAACACAGUAAUCCCUUUUGUUCUUGUAGAGAAGAGCUUAAAGUUUUUAUGCUUGCAGAAAAGACCCAGUUUGCUUUUUUUGAGGUUCAGGGUGAAAUGAUCAGAGGACUACAACCCCCAGGGUGCCAUCUUUGUUGUGAACGUCUUGCUCUUCUGUCUUUAUUAGGUUCACAAUCAGCAUUCACAAAGCACCGUGACCACCUCAAGCACAAUGUACACCCACUGCACCCUGGCUCAGCCACAUUUAUGGUGAACUGAAAGCAAAACAAACCAACACAACGAAACCCUUUUGAAUGUUGCUGAUAUGCACAGUCCAAGUGGCAUAUGUCUUGUGCUGUACAUACUUGUUAUAUAACUUAAUGUGCCCAGACAUUUUUAUUUCAUGCUGUUUGGCUGAAAUGAUCAUGGUCGAACUGGCUUUGCUGUAUGGAUAUUUGGGUCCUGUGUUCCCUUUGUAAUGUAUAGUUCCUUUUCAGUUGGUCUUUGUAUAUAUGUCAACCAAGUGACUUGUUGGACUGUUGAGCUAUACUUUCAGUUUAUUGCAGCACACAGGGGUCUUUUUCUCCCAACAAUGUUGAGUUGCUAAAAAGAUCAGUUGCUGGUAAUCAGUGAAUCAUCAUGGUGCACCACGGGAAAUAUAACACUUUUGUACCCCAUUCUAUAUGUAUAUAGGCAUAUACUAUAUAGAACAUAAACAUUACUACAUCAUCAGUAUUCUGUUAUUUAAAGUUCUAUGUAUGGGUUGGAUGCUCCUGUUCCUAUCUCUGAUGACUGGUUUGUUUCUAGAGACUCUCUCGACAUCCCAGUAGGCUUUCAUAAACAGUCACCAUGUCCGCUGGGCCUGAACAUUUCCCCAUGUUACUUAAUAAGCUGGCCUGAUGUACCAAACCUGUUGUGCAAUGCACCACAUUCUCAAGCCGAGCAAUAGCAAUGUGAACACCAUGACCACAAACUCUGGCCUUAAACAAAUUUCAGUCUGUUUAUUUUGCCACCACCAGAGGGAGUGGUUGAACCAUACUUUUUCUUCCUACCUGCAUUCUGAUCUUCUCUCGUUGAGAUUAUUGGCCCCACACUCAGUUGAAACAUGGAUCCCUCUGUGGUGUAUAUUUGUAUAGGAAUGUGCGCUUCAUGGAGCUGUGUUCUAGUCUGUCAAUGUGUGUGCACACAGUCUCACUCACAUUGGCCACAUCCACAACGGCUUUCUUGGCUCUCUUGACCUCUGUGUUCAGUGCCCCCUUACUUUGUCUUCAGCAGGAAAUGGUGAUUUGUGGACCUUUACUUUGUGAUGGAUGUGUCAGUUAUGCCCUGUGUAUGAUAUAGACUGGGUAUGUGGUCACCUCUGUGGGCAUCUCACAGGUUGACUGCAGAGGUUUAGGCCAGCUGCCCUGCACUGGCUGAGUGGUGAAUAAAGGCCUUGUGUUUACAAUGAAGACCAAAAGUCA